AUGGCGACUGUAACUGAAUCAAAUCUAUGUUCAAUUUGUAAUAAAUCUUCAGCUAAAUCCUUUUGUAUUGGAUGUAAAAAAUACUUUUGUCGGAAGGAUUUCAAAGAACAUGAACAACAACUAUUGGUAAAAUUUGAUAAUGAAAUAGUGAAUUCACACAAUGAACUUCUUGAUCAAAUACAAAAAUUAGAUAAAUCGAAUUGUUUGCCAUUGGAUCUUUUUAAUGAAAUUGAUAAAUGGAAAAAAAUAACAAUCGAAAAAAUCGAAAAAGCAGCAGAAAAUGCUUAUUAUGAUCUCAUUGAGUUAAUCGAUAAACAACGAACGGCAAUAAGAAAAGAACUAGCAUCAAUAACAAAAGAAAUUCAUAGUCUUCGAGAAGAAGAAAAUUUUGUUGAAACCGAUAUUGAUCGACUUAGACAAAAAAUCAAUGAAAUACAACAAAAAAUCGAACAAUUUACUCGAAACGAUACAAAUAAAAGCUUAAUUAUUGAUAAUAAUCAAAUUGAUUGGAAUCGAAUUAUCUACGUUCGAGACAAAAACCAAAAUUGUGAGUAUUUUGAACUAAACAAAAACUGAAAAAAUAAAAUUUUCGACAGAUUCGAUUGCACUUUUCAUUUCAUUUAUCGAUCGAACUGAAUUCAUUUAUAGAUCGGAGACAGUUCGAAAGAUACAUAAUUUUCCAGGUCUUUAUUCGCUAGAUAUGGAAAUUUCACUGGAUUUUUCAACAAAAAACUGAUCUGCUCAGAUAGCAUGGAAAAUCGACUUUCGAAUUUCGACUUCAAAUUUUGCAUGAACAGAAUUCUCUAUGAGAUUAAUUCAUUGAGAAAGUUUUAGCUUUUCUAGUGUUUCUUUUCUGGAAAUGUAAGUAUAUGAACAAAAUUUAAUUUUAUACAUGAACGAAUUUUAAAUUUUUUAAUAUGUCAAGAUAGAAGAUACUAGAAACUUUAGGACUUUUCCAAUGAACUACUUAGUUACACUGAAGAGUUUUUUCAUGCAACUUUUUGAAGUCGCAAAUCGAAAGUCAUUUUUUCAUGUGAUCUGAGAGAGACCAUAGGUUUUUUGCUGAAAACCCUAUAACUCGAGGACGAAGAUCUAGAAAACUAAAUCAAUCUAGUCUUUUCUAUUAUACUCUAGCUACCCUCGAUUGAACAUCAUCUUAAUCGAAAAGCGAUUUGUCACCUGGAGAAGUUCUCUCGUAAAAUUAAUUUUCACGUUGCAUAGUUCAGAACAGCUUUUGAUUUAUUCUUAGAUUAUGAAAAUAUUAGAACGUCGAAUUAUUUAACAAAAUCUAAUCGAAUACAAGUGUUUUUUUUUCCUUUAAAAAAUGACAAAACUUCGACGAGAAUCAAAAUAUUACCAAGAUCAUAUCUUUCCUCAUCGACUUCAAUUUUUCGAAUUGUUUCUCAUCAACAAAAACAAAAAAAAAAAUUCCACUGUCAACAAGAAGAAGAAUAUCACAUACAGAUUGAUUUGAAAAGACUAAUUCUAAAAUAUGAAUAUUUCAACUAAAGUCUAAAUAAAAAAAUACAUUUUCUUUUUGAAAGCCUAAUAAAUACUAAAACACGAAUCAUUGUUGAAGAUUUUCAUUUAUCGAAAAAUAAUUUCCAAAAUGAAAUCAUUUUAAUCAUUGAUAAAUAUUUUGAAAAACGUAUUCGAAAUUCAAAUUCAUAAUGAAUUAUUGAAUGAUGAACACAUAAACGUAGAACUCAACGUUUCUAUAAGGAUCAAAUGUUCGAAUAACUAUGUUUGUUUAUUCUAUAGGAAAUACAUUUAAAAAUUGAAUGAUAAAACAAAUCAAAAAUAGUCUAAAAUUUUGUUAAUACUUAGUCGAUUUCAAUUGAGAAUAAAAGACAAUUUUCUUCGUGUAUUUUUCUUUAUAAGUAAUUUGAGUCAGUAAAUGAAAAUACAUAGUUUUAGAAUAUGGAACCUUUGAGUAUUCAUAGAAUAUAAAUAAAUACAAAAAGUAGACAAAUUUUUCCUAAGAUAUCAAUGGAAGAUCG